AUGGCUGCACCAAUUCCUUAUCGAACCCCUUCAAAUAAUCUGCCAGUUGGAUCAUUCCCGCCUAAUGUUUAUUAUCGUGAUACUUAUGGACUGCAGCACUUGACUGAUGCUUCUAGUAAUCAAAGAAAUCAUACUGAUUCAACUACAACAGUGGAAUCUGAUGAUACCAUUACAACGAAAUCUACAGUACGUAGAACUGCAAAUAUUCAUAAUGUAAAUCAGAUGGUUGAAAGUUCAACAUCCAAAGGGACCGUUAAUUCUCCAUCAUUUCAUAUUGAUCAGGUUAUCACAAACCAAGUUGUAUUAAUGCAAGCACGAACCUUGCUCACCUUAACUCUUGUAGCCUUUGGUGCAGCGCUUCAGCUAAUGAUAUUUGGUAUAAUAUGUGUUUUUUAUGAUGGAUGCCCUUAUUAUUUCGCUGUAAUUGCGAGCAUAAUAUUCAUGUCGAAUUCUUCCACUGUAUUAUUUUUCAUAAGAUAUAAACCGACACGAACAUUUUUGACGCUUUGUAUAAUAUUUACUAGUAUCAGUUUCAUUGUUGCUGUAACAGUAUUUAUUUGGACAGCAUAUCUGAUUUAUGGCGAAGAUAAGCAAAUUAGAGGUCAAGGAUGGUCUUUUUACGAGGAUAAUUUAUUAGAAAUUAAUCGAAUAGUCUCAAAUACACGAGUCGCUAUGUACAGUCUGCAUAUGGUACUUUCUCCUGUAGAAGCGCUUUGUUGUGCUGGUAUACUAAAUAUACUUUUCAAAAACCUGCGACUAAUUCAAACAGAUCGAGUAACACGUGGAUACUUUUUCACACAGCCCCUUAUCGGACAACAAACUGUGCUCGUCCCUAUUGAAUUAAAACAAGUGGAAACAUUCGAAGAAAGUGAAAUUGAAAAUGCAUCUAUUGGUGUACAAACGAGCGGUGGAAAUCAUAGCUACAAGGAUGGUUUGUGCAAUUAG